UGGGCGGUGAAAGUCUAUCCUGGGAGAACGCUGUCUGGCCUGCAGCAAGAGCCCCGGAGUCAUUCAUUAACAAACCAGCAAGAUUGCAUUGUGCUUGGUUUAGCUGGCACGCUGGACUACACUCCCUUGCUAUUCUGGGAUUCUUUUCAUUCCAAAUCAGCAGCUAUGAGUACCAUUGAUUUGCCUCCUAUAUUUGAACUUGUAGAAGUGGAGAACCUCACUGAAACCAACUUGACUUGCAACAAUGGAGACUGCAUCACCGUGGACUCCUUAUCAUGUCCAAGUCUACUCAACAGAAGUGCCUUGCUCUACACACUCUCAGUUUUUUAUAUCUUCAUAUUUAUGAUAGGCCUCGUGGCCAAUUUUGUGGUUGUUUGGAUGAAUUUUCAAGCCAAAACAACUGGCUAUGAAACUCAUCUCUAUAUCUUCAACCUAGCCAUUGCUGACCUGUGUGUGAUCAUCACUCUUCCAGUCUGGGUGGUCUCCCUUGUUCAGCAUAACCAGUGGCAUAUGGGGGAAAUCAUGUGCAAAAUUACUCACCUUGUGUUUUCCAUCAAUUUGUAUGGGAGCAUCUUCUUCUUGGCUUGCAUGAGUGUGGAUCGGUAUCUCUCUGUUGCCUACUUCACAACCUCCAGCAGUGUUAAAAAGAAGAGAAUCCGCCGUUUCAUUUGCGUCUUUGUGUGGCUUUUUGCUUUCUUUGUGUCUCUUCCUGAUACCUAUUACCUUAAAACAGUUUCCUCCAACAAUGAAACCUACUGCCGCCCGGUCUAUCCAGAGGAGAAUACCAAGGAAUGGCUGGCUGGCAUGGAACUGAGCUCUGUUGUUCUAGGUUUUAUCAUUCCUUUCCCUGUCAUUGCUAUUUUCUAUUGUCUUCUAGCAAGAGCUAUAUCUGCCUCUAAUGACCAAGAGAGGAAGAGCAAUGGGAAAAUAAUUUUCUCCUAUGUAAUUGUGUUUCUUGUCUGCUGGUUGCCAUACCACAUCACUGUCUUGCUUGAUUUUUUCUUGGCCUUCCAUUUCAUACCUUUCAACUGCCCAAUAGAGAACUUCCUUUAUGCUGCCCUGAAUAUUACUCAGUGUCUCUCUCUGGUUCAUUGCUGCAUCAACCCCAUACUCUAUAGCUUCAUCAACCGAAACUACAAGUAUGAACUCAUGAAGGCAUUUAUCUUUAAGUACUCGGCUAAAACUGGCCUUACUAAACUGAUUGAUACAUCCAGGGUUUCAGAGACGGAGUACUCUGCUUUGGAGCAAAAUGCUAAAUGAUCACAGAUUCUCAAAAGACUUUCUUCCAUACUUGGUCUUUAACUGGACAAUACAUUAGACCUAAUACAAAACAAAUGGAAAAAAAAUUCUACAUUUUCAGAGCAAAAAUACUGCUACCAAAAUGCUGCAUUUUAAAUGUUUUCUUGUGUGUUAUCCACUGUCAGCUAGCUUACACUGUUUUCAGUUAUGCUAGUAGACAGAAUGUGCAGUAAACCAAGUGAUCUUGUAAAAUAAGAUGUUGCUUAUUUUGUUAUCUCCUGCAGAGAGCCCCUUCCCUUAGCUAGCUUGACUUCACUGUAAACAUUUUACAGUGUGUAUUUAAAGAAACUAGAACUCUAUUUUCUUGCUUUUAAAUUGUAUGGAAAAUUAAAUAUAUUUAAUCAGGUAUUUGAAGUAUAUUGUUUAUGUAUAGAAUGCUGUAGUUUUAAUAUUAGAUUUCUAUUCUGUUUGGUAUUGUAAAAGUAGAACAUAUAACAAUUGUUAAAUGAAAAUGGUAUGUACUUUUGAGUUGGCCUUGGCUAAAAUUUUGUGGCAAUAUAGUUGUAAUAAAUGAUUUUGGGUUUUCUUUAUAAUAAUGCUCAAUGUAUCAUGUCAAUGCCAAUAUCCUGUUCAAGUAUGUUUCACAACCCUGACACACUUACAUCAUUCAGUGUCCCAUCUCCUUAUUUGUAAAUUAUUAUUUUUAAAAUAAAUAUCUUU